GACGCCCUGCACGUGCCAAUCUUGUCACUCUCAGUGGAAGCCUGGGGAUCAAGAUAAUGGCACUUGGCCUUGGACGGACCAUGCUUUUUGCUGUCAGGCUGGGAAAGCGAAGGCUGAACUGCUGAGUCUGACACGCAGCAGGACUUUGGCACUCCCCCGAAUACCGAUUAGACAGGCAUUUUUUUUUUUUUUAAUUGGAAAGUAACGGGUCCGCUUUAGAAGUCCUUAUUUGGUGUGCAUAUCUGGCUAUUUCGCGGACGUUUCCGUUUUGCAAAGAAAAGUUGGAAUCGAUUUCUUCCCCGAGUAAAGCUGGGAGUUGUCAGGGGUCCACAGAAGUUUCAGCACACUCUGGGGGCAAAGGCUCGCUCAAAGAAAAACCCACAGGAGAACGCUGAGAGCUCAUUUCAGGAUGAGGCUGCACGAGCAAAGGAGGAGUAUUCUUAAUACGAACGAAUGCUGUCCAUUGAUCAACAGAUGCAAGAGGACUCUCCUCCCAACCACUGCAGUUCCUGUGAAGAGAACCCGGCUCCCUGGGGGGCCGCUGUCCCUGCUGCUGCUCCUCUCUGGCCUGCAGAGACCCACCCAGAGCUCCGAGGUUGCAAUUAAAAUCGACUUUGACUUGGCACCAGGUUCCUUUGAUGAUCAGUACCAAGGUUGUAGCAAACAGGUCAUGGAGAAACUAAAUCAAGGAGAUUAUUUCACAAAAGACCUAGAAGCCCAUAAGAACUACUUCGGGGUGUGGCAGAAAGCUCACUUAACCUGGAGGAACCAAGAACACGCUUUCCCCACGACCUUGACUACUCCACAUGCCGUGGCUCUCUUGGUUUAUACAUUGAACGGCUAUGUUCGCUCUGACUUAUCUAAAGCCAUGGCCAGUGACGCCAAGACUCCACAGCAGUAUGAACAUUCAUUCCAUUUCAAAUAUUUACACUACUAUCUGACCACAGCAAUCCAGCUGCUGAGGAAGGACAUCACCACGGAGAAUGACACUCUGUGCUAUGAAGUUCACCAUGAGACGAAAGAUGUCCACUUCGAAGCCUACCUAGGUGCCACCAUUCGAUUUGGCCAAUUCCUCUCCACCUCCCUCCUAAAAGAAGAGGCACAGAAGUUUGGGGACCAGACAGUAUUUACCAUAGUUACCUGCCUGGGUGCAUCUGUACAAGACUUCUCCCUCAAGAAGGAAGUCCUGAUCCCUCCCUAUGAGUUGUUUAAAGUUGUAAAUAUGAGUUACCACCCAAGAGGAAAUUGGUUGCAAUUGCGGUCAGCUGGGAACCUGAGCACAUAUAACUGUCAGCUGCUAAAAGCUGCCAACAAGAAGUGCGCCCCUGCUGCCAUAGUUAUUACUUCUCUCUCCUUUUUGACCAGUAUCAUCAUCUCUUUCCUAAGUGGAGUUUAAAGGACUCUUUUUUGUUGUUUUUAAUAUUCAAAUGAAAACUUUUUAUUCACCUUUUGGCAAGAAAUGAGAAUUUAUUUGGCAGGAAGGAUGAUCCCAUCAUACUUUUUGCUGAAACCAGUGCAUGGUUUCCUCGUUGCUAAUUCUGUUUUGCCUUCCCUACGCCUUUUAGCCAUAUUCCAAUCAAGGCACCCUGAAUACCUUUGCAGAAAUCACUCUGCCCAGCUAUCAAUGAAUGCAGAGCUGGCUCAGCCCACUGCCUAUGACUGGGCCUGUAACUCAGGCCUUAGCCAACCAGUAUAUUCCUUCUCUGUGGACAUGGAGAUUCAUGCUGUAAUAGAAAACAACCAGUCAAAGCCUGUGAGAUAUGAUCAGAGUGCUUUUUUAGAAUUGGGAUUGGGAGUAAAAUGAGAGCCUCUUUUUGGGGUGGAUAUUGAUGAAAACAGGGUAUGAGCUUAUAGCUGCUAGCGGCUACCCUGCGACCAGCAAAGGAGAUUUCUCAUCCCUGAGAAAAGUGCUAAUGCAAUAAAGGAAGAGUGGAGAAAUGAAAAGAAACUGAGUCCCAAUGGGAGUGUAUGAGCUUUUAGAUCCAACUUUGCCUGAAGCUGAAUACCCCAAGCCUUUUUCAUUACAUAAAUCAAUAAAUUAUGGUUUUGCUUACAUAAUUUAAAUUGGAUUCUCUAUCUCAAGCAAUUGAAGGAGUUCUGAUUGAAUACAAGGACUCACCCUUAUAUUUUUUAUUUAGUAAUUCUAAAUAGGAACAAAUCAAAGAAGAUCAAGUUACAAAGCAAAGGACAAAUUGUUCGCCAAAUGGAAAAGCUUUGAGCCCCAGAGACCUAAUCAAAGUGUGAAUUUUCUUCCAAGAUUUUUAUCAGCAUUUAAGAUCAAACUAGUUGGUCUCAGAUGGAAAGAAACAUGGGAAUUCGAGAAAUAAAAGGGAAAAUUAAUGAAAAGAUGUUAGUGAAAUCUCAUUUAUUGCCAAUAAUGGGUGUUGCACAUAUGUUCCUAAGAUAUUACAAAAGUUAAAAUUUAAAAUCAUGUGUUAAUUUGGAGAGGACUUGUUGGCAAAUUUGAUUUUAAGUCUUCAAAGCAAAUGUAAGUAUAUGUAUUAGGAAAACAUGUGGAAGUGUGUGAAGAUAAAGGAGAGAAGAUGGGAGAAAAAAACAACUGAUUACCAAGCAAAUAUAUAUCAAAGAUAUAUUGAGUUGCCAUUAUGUAAAAACUAUGAGAUGCAAAAAAGUACAAAGUAUUGCAUCUUACAGUUGUAAAUCUUCUCCAACUCUUCCCUUAGAUAGUAUAUAACUUAAGGGGGGACAUGGAGAAUUAUUUAACCUGAUCUCCAAAGACCCUAGAAUUGGGCUAAAUGGGGUUAGCUCCAUAACUUUGGGUUCUGAAAGUCCAUGCUUCUUAUCUCUUUUGAGAUUUGGGAUAUGCAGAAAAAGUGGAGAUCAGUUCAUCUACUCCCCAUAGGACUUCCUGAAGGGUCUGUGUCAUAAUCUAAAAAAAAAAAAAAAA